AUGGACACUAAGACUCCGCCGAUUCCGCUCAAGUCGCAGGAGAAGCCUCAACCGAGAAAAGCGGAUCGCGUGGCCGACGUGUCCUUGCCCCCGCUGACACCACAUCCGAAUCAUCGCUCGUCGAAACACAGAUCGUCCGGGACGUCGCAAGAUCCACCCUGCGCUGUGCAGCAUCAGGAUCAUCGCAAGAGGAGACCCUAUAGAGUGUUACACAUCGGCGCUACGCCUUUAAUGCACGCCUGUCAACAGGGUGACAGGGCGAGAGUGUUGAGAUUAUUGAGGGAACAGGAGGAAACGACAGCUUACAGAGAUCGUACGUUGAGAAACGCCCUCCAUUAUUGCAUGGACGCGGGUACCGGUGGUGCCGUUGCCGCGGCGGCACCAGAACUGGUGAACGCUCCUGAUGCCGAGGGGCACACCCCGCUUCAUCUCGCGGUCAUCGCCGGGGACACUCAGCUGGUCGCGGUUCUCUUAGCGAACGGUGCCGAUGUCAACGCUAAGGACCUCGAGGGACACAGCGUUCUCCAUUGGGCCACUGUCUGUGGGGAAGCGGAAUGCGUUCGGUUGGUUCUCGCGGCCGGCGCGCGACCUUCCACCCCGGAUUUACGUGGCGGAUCUCCACUUCACUAUGCCGCUCAAUGUUGCGGUGCGGCUGCCACGGCUGAGCUCGCUGUUCCUAAGAAGGUCGGCUUGAAAGUUUUACAAACACUUCUCGAAUUCGGCGCGGACGUGAACGCGAAGGACGAGGAUGGACGGCAGCCGAUUCUGUGGGCGGCAAGCGCGGGUAGCGUGGAGGCGGUGUUGGCUCUAGCAAGAGCCGGAGGAGCCGCAGCCGCGGGUACUUCGGAUAAAGACGGACUGACAGCACUUCAUUGUGCAGCCUCGAGGGGCCAUGCGAGAUGCGUAGAAGUACUCGUCAACUUGUGCGGAUCUCAUCCGGACUACGUGGAUGAUAACGGCUGCUCCGCGUUACAUUACGCCGCCACUUUGGGCCACGCGGAUGCCACCGCUCUUAUCCUUAAACUCGGGGCCGAUCCCAAUCGCCAAGAUCGAAAGGGUAGAACACCAGCACUUUGUGCCGCAGCUAAGGGCCAGUUAGAAACCUUGAAGAUCCUAACUCAGCACGGCGGGUCGCUUCACGCUAAAACCGUGCGUGGCACAGGAAUAGGACACGAGGCCGUUGCGUCCGGUAGAAUCGAGUUGAUAAAAUGGUUAGUGAAAAAAAGACCGUCGACGUUGGAUAUCGCUACUCACGAUGGCAAGACACCUCUUCAUGUCGCGGCUUUGCACGGUCAUCUGGACGCGUGCAAGGUUCUCUUGGAUCAUGGCGCAAGAAUUAAUGCGGUUCUCAGAACCAGCAAGGGUAACUCGAUGACUCCUCUGGACGCAGCUCUUUAUAGAGGACACCGAGAUUGUGCGAAACUCAUUCAAAUGCAUGGUGGUUCUACAGUGCAGCAACUGAGAACGCAUAAGACUGCACCUAACAACAAAGCAAAGGUCCGAAUAAAACAGGACGACAGUAGCUCCGCGAGCGACAGUAGUCCUUGUAGACGAGGUCGAGGGCACAAGCAUCCUGAGCUCUAUUACGAAGAGCGAUGGAUCGAAAGAAGAACACGGCGGAAAGGUAAUCUGAAAAAGCUGACUCGUCGGGACAGUCGGAGUUUUAGUGAGGAAGAAGUGCGUCUGUCGAAGAUAUCUUCGAAGAAGGAUGACAGAAGAGCUCGAAGCGAAUCGGCACGAUUUGACGAUAAUACCACCAAUGAUCACAAUCUGCAAAAGAAACGAAGUAGAAAAAUGUCGACGAGACAUAAAGAGAAAUAUUCGAAUUCAUCGUUUGAAUCGGACAGUUGUGAUUAUUCUUACGAUGACACAGAAAAUGGAGCAGCCAAACAUCGGCAGCAUGCAAAAAAACAGCACGAGAAGGGCAAAAGCUUCAAUGAAACGGAAGCGAAAAGUAACUUAAGAAAAGAAGAUGAUGAUGAUCGAAGCGUAAGCGACGACAGUUUAGAGGUGAUCGUAGUGAAAAGAUCAUUGGAAAAAAAGUGUGAAAAAGUAGUGUCUGGAAGAAGAUCGAAGACACCUAAAGAAUGCACAAAGGAGACAAAACUGACCAAAACGCACAAACGUAGCUCUAGAAAAAUGUCCAGAUCCAGCAAGUCGAAAAUAUUCGAUAAAGAUGAAUCUCCGGACAAGGAAGAAAGAAGCGUUGUAAUAGAAGAGCCGAAGCAUUCUUCGGCCGAAGAGGAAGGAAGUAGCAGCGAGAGGAUAACAGAGUCUCGAUAUCGAAGAGACGCGACGGAUAGUACUAGCCAGGAAACCGUGGAGCAAGUGAUUGUCACAGCGAUAGUUCACAAAGAUCAAAUGCCUGACACCCCGAGGUCAGCGCAGGAAACUACAAAGGAGAUGAGUUCCGACGUUUUGAGGAAAAGCACGACAGUGAUAGAGGAAACAAAGGAAACUUUCAAAGAUAUUGGUUUUGCAGAUAAAAGUAAGGUCGCAUUGCCGCAUAAGAUUAAUACGCACGAUACUUCGGAGGAAAAAUUACAGCGAUUAACGCAAGAAAGUUCGCAAAUGAAUAAAGAAGUUCAGGAUGAAAAAGAUAAAAGAACGAUGCCACCCAGCAUGGAAGAUGCGAAAGAAGAUGCAAAUAUUAACCAGAUGCAAAGUACGUUAAAUACGUUCGAGAGUGUAAUACCGAGUGAUAGCACAUUGUACGAAAAGCAAGAAGCAAUCGAAGUAAAGCAUAUCACGGGUCCGGAUGAAGAAAGUGGAAAAUCGUUAAUUUCUGAAGAUUCGCAGCAAGAUGGAAAAAUUGCCAUGAAAAAAACUUUAUUAGGUGCACAUCAAAGUGUAAGCAACUUAAAAGAAAGUGUCGAGGGUGUACAAGUGACUUGUGAGGAAAAAGAUACUGUUUCAACAAAGCAGAAAGUAAUUACUAAAGAGAUUAUCACCAAAGAUGCUGAAUCCAAAGCGGACAAAGAUGAAGUGAAUAAACUCGGAGAUAAAAAAUCUUUGCAAAAAAUACAGACAGAUGAAACACAGGAAGCAUUAACACUUACUGAACGAUCAAUAGACGAUGAUAAAGAAAACUUAGAUGAUUCCGCGCGUGGAAAAUCCGUAGAUUUAUCAUCAACAGAAUCGAGAAUUUCUAUGAUGAACGUGGAAGAAAGUCUUUCUCCAGAAAGGACGGGUUUACCACAUGACAAAAAGUCGGGAGAACGAUUAGAAACUAAAACAGAAACAAAGAUUUUAGGAGAUAAAGAUUUUCGUUAUAUCGACGAUAGUUCCUCGAGUUCUCCAAAGCUUUCGAGAUCGGCGAAAACGAGACAUUCGAGACCAUCUACGGGAAAGAAUCUGAGAACAGGAAAAUCUUCAAAGUCAUCGACCAAGAGACACCCGUUUGAAGGUGUUGAGGAGCGUUCACCUCGUCAAAGUGCGAUAAUCGCGGUGUUAGACAGUCCAGAAUGGGAUGAAGAUGAAGUCGAGAAAGAAAUCAGAGAAGUUCUCGGGGAGGAUAUUGAACACGAGACAGAACAUGAAGAAGAUAAUGAAAUUGGUGUAAUGCGAGUUUUACGAAGCACUAGUGAGGAAGAGACGCCUAACACAGCUUUAGGUGUACCUAGAACUUCAAGAAUUGACUCUUUGCCUCAAGUACAAUCAACAACUACUAACCGCUUAGUUACGAUCGAGAAUGCUGAUGGUAGUCACCGAGAACGAUUGUGGAGGAAACACCGUCGUGAUAGCGGAGGUAUAGACAGUGGAAUAGAACCAAGCCCGAGAAUAUCGCGAAUUCCACGGAGACGAAACAUAAAAUGUUGCCCAAAUACAGCGAAACAGCAAGCUCUCAAUAUGGAAACUAUUACCAGAGAUGUGCAAAUUAGUCUGCGUCGUUAUCAUCUCGAAAGAAAAAUCUUCUUUCAAUUGAUGGAACUGAAAAGAUUACAGAUUCGUCACGGUAGAGCGAACGAACAUGUAUUGGUAAAAAGGCAGGUGGACGCCUUUCACAAAUCGGGAAUGUCUGGACCUACUCUUGGAGUUGCAAAAUAUGAUCGGCCAUUAACGUUCAGGCAAUUUGAAGCGUUUCUCUAUGAGCAAUUAAGAAGACUGCAGGGAAGACCAACUACUCCAGACUUUUGCACAGAAGCCAAGCAAUGCACGCAAAAAACUCAUCGUUGUCAUCACGCAACCAGUGCUUACACUUCUAUUCCAAUAUAUACCUACCUAGGUGGAGGCGUCCCAGAUCGAGCGGACCAUCUUCCGAAAAUAGAGAGUCGCGGCAGAGGGCAGAUGACGGUGGAAGUGACACACGGAGAGGAAAAACAAGUGAUCGCUCUUCCGACUGAGAAAAUGGAUCGUACUAAAAGAUAUUUCGUUACAUUUACUGUAAGAGGUGAAACGCAAGACGUCGAGAGAGCUAAAUCAUCCACGAUACAACGAAAUGCAAAGAGUGUUUAA